AACCGGGCCAUGAUUCGCCGUAGAUGCCGAAGACCAAGACUCGACUGGAUAUUGGCGGUGAGUUGGACUGACUUGACAUAUUCCGGAAAUAAUUUUUUUCGGAGUGAGAUGCGGAGUUCAGAGCAUCGGUAUCGGAGUACUCGCCGUGGAUCGGUCUGUUGGCUUGCCAUUGGGCUGAUAAUCUCGCCGUUGUUCUCUACCAGACAUAUUCUAGUCUUGCCAGCAAUGGCUCCAAUCUAUCAGUAACCUUUAGAAUGA